AUGGCAUCAGGAGGCCUCACCAGCGACCCAAACUUCCAGAAAUUGGAGCAGUGGUACAAGGCUAACGGCGCAGCUCUAAACUUGAGACAGUUAUUUGACAGUGACCAUGACCGGUUCAAGAAGUUCAGCACUACUCUGCAGACUAGUGAUGGAGACAUCCUCAUUGAUUAUUCAAAGAAUCUCAUCACUGAGGAGGUUAUGAAGAUGCUAGUUGAGCUGGCAAAGUCCCGGGGUGUGGAGAAAGCCAGAGAGCGAAUGUUCACUGGAGAGAAAAUUAACUUUACAGAGAAUCGAGCUGUACUACACAUUGCUCUGAGAAACCGCUCCAACACUCCUAUCCUUGUUAAUGGCAAAGAUGUAAUGCCUGAAGUUAACAAUGUCUUGGAGAAGAUGAAGAAAUUUUGCCAGAAAGUUCGUAGUGGAGACUGGAAGGGUUACACUGGAAAAGCCAUUACUGAUGUUGUCAAUAUUGGUAUUGGUGGGUCAGAUCUGGGGCCCUUGAUGGUGACGGAAGCGCUGAAACCUUAUUCUAAGGGAGGUCCCAAAGUUUGGUUUGUUUCCAACAUAGAUGGCACUCACAUGGCCAAGACUCUUGCUGAACUUAAUCCUGAGACUACCCUGUUCAUUAUUGCUUCCAAGACCUUCACCACUCAGGAGACCAUUACUAAUGCGGAGUCUGCCAAAGAGUGGUUCUUGCAGGCAGCAGUGGAUAAAUCAGCUGUUGCGAAGCACUUUGUAGCUCUGUCAACCAAUGCUCCCAAAGUAAAGGAUUUUGGCAUUGACACCAACAAUAUGUUCGAGUUUUGGGAUUGGGUUGGUGGCCGUUAUUCCUUGUGGUCUGCUAUUGGUUUGUCUAUUGCCCUCCAUAUUGGUUUUGAAAAUUUUGAACAACUUUUGAGUGGUGCACAUUGGAUGGAUAAUCACUUCCACAAUACACCACUGGAUAAAAACGUCCCAGUGUUGUUGGCCCUUCUUGGGGUCUGGUAUAUCAACCUUUUUGGUGCUGAAACCCAUGCCUUGCUACCUUAUGACCAGUAUAUGCAUCGUUUUGCUGCUUACUUCCAGCAGGGCGACAUGGAAUCCAAUGGAAAAUACAUUACAAGCCAAGGAACCCGAGUGAAUUACAACACAGGGCCUAUUGUUUGGGGAGAGCCUGGAACAAAUGGACAACAUGCCUUCUAUCAGCUUAUCCAUCAAGGAACACGUAUGGUGCCUGCUGAUUUCCAUAUCCCUGUUCAGAGCCAACAUCCAAUCAGGAACAAUCUUCAUCAUAAGAUUCUUUUGGCCAAUUUCCUGGCUCAGACAGAAGCCCUGAUGAAAGGAAAGACCUCAGAAGAAGCACGUAAAGAGCUUGAAGGAGCUGGAUUAAGUGGCAAAGCACUGGAGAAGUUGCUGCCUCAUAAGGUGUUUGAAGGAAAUCGGCCAACAAAUUCAAUUGUCUUUAAGAAGCUGACACCCUUCAUUUUAGGUGCACUGAUUGCCAUGUAUGAACAUAAGAUCUUUGUUCAAGGAGUCAUUUGGGAUAUCAACAGCUAUGACCAGUGGGGUGUGGAACUCGGCAAACAGUUGGCUAAGAAAAUUGAACCAGAGCUUGUGGAUGCCAGCGAGGUGACCUCCCAUGACUGCUCAACCAAUGGGCUUAUCAGCUUUAUCAAGAAAAACAGUGCCUGAGCUGUUGACCCCACAGCUGUCCUUCACUGAAUUGACUACAGAAUCCACAAGCCUGUGUUGCUGUAACUGCUUGUUUAGCCAUAAAGACCUGAAGCACUUUACGUUUGUAGUCACUUUCAUGUUUGUGUCAUGUGAGUGUCACUCUGUCUCUGUGAAUUGUGUGCCUAGGCAUUGCUAGAGUGUUUUCUCUUUGGAGUUGUCCAAUAUGCAGUUUUAAUAACCACAAGUUCCCCGGUUCACUCUUCAAAUUACAGCUGGUUACCAAAAUAAAUGUUUACUCAAAAAAUA